AUGUCUAAAGCUAUCGUCAAAACGACAUUUGAGGCGUCUCGAACUAUUCGCCCAAUUUAUACCGGUGGCAGUACCGCGCUUGAUGCUAGUGGCCGCAUCUUGCUGUCUUGUGUGGGCGAGGAUGCCUUGGUCGUGGACUUGGAGACUGGUGAUCAGCUCGCCAGUUUAGAAGGAGAUGGGGAAAUUAUCACAAGUUUAGCCAUAACACCGUCCGCGUCGCAUGCCGUUGUCUGCUCCCGGUCUAUGUCUAUGCAAAUCUACUCUCUUUCUGGAGUUGGAGAAGGCUCACAGUCCAUUGAAGCGGAGCUUGUUCGAACCCUUAAACCCCACCCCACCCCGGUAGUCACGACUGCGAUUGAUCAAACUGGCACUCUGUUGGCAACAGGUGGUGCUGAUGGCUCCAUUAAGGUCUGGGAUAUUCGUGGUGGCUAUAUCACACAUACUUUCAAUGACCGUGGUGUCAUUUCGGCUCUUUGUUUUUUCGAGAUUUCCGGAGAUUACGAAGCCAGGUCCUCGUCUAAAAAGAAGUCUAAGCGGAAUGAUGAUGAUGAGGAUAUGGAGGAUGCUGGUUCCGCGGAAACUACAGCUGGCUUUAGACUUGCCUGUGGAAGUGACGAGGGCAAGGUUCGGGUAUUCGAUUUGCAUAAGAGGAAGGCCAUUGCGACACUCGAUUCGCAUGUCUCGCUGGUUCGCAGCUUGUCCUUUUCCCCGUCAGAGAACGCACUGUUAUCCGCCAGCCGAGACAAGACCGUCAUUAUUUGGGAUGCCCGUACCUGGAAAACCCGCAGAAUUAUUCCGGUUCUUGAGAGCGUGGAGGCCGCAUCUUUCAUCGCUGGCAGUGGGCUAUGCGUAAUUGGUGGCGAGAAUGCUAAAUUGCGUGUAUGGGAUUGCAACCGUGGCAGCGAAAUUACUGAAGAGCAAGAAGCAGGUGAAGAGUUUGAGAGUAUCAUUUCUAUUCAAUAUUCACCUGGUCUGCCUUACGUGAUGACCGUUCAUGCUGACCAGACUAUUCGUCUGCAUUCAAUUGAAGCACUGUCAGCCUAUAAGCCAGGCUCAACCCUGCCCCCUCUGGCAAUCACUCGCCGCAUUUCUGGAAAUGACGACGAAAUCAUUGAUCUGGCUUUUGUUGGUCCAGAUCGCUCAAUGCUCGCUUUAGCGACCAACACUGAAAGCAUUCGUGUGGUCUCUGUCGCUCCAUCCGAGGAUCGACCAUCAGCCGAGGGCGAAGAGUUUUUCGGUGCCGACAUUGCUCAUCUUGAGGGUCAUGAAGACAUCAUCAUUGCCCUUGAUGUUGACUGGUCCGGCCACUGGCUUGCGACAGCUGCUAAAGAUAAUACUGCUAGGCUUUGGCGCCUGGACCCCAAAAACUCGUCUUAUACAUGCUUUGCCAUCUUUACUGGUCACGCUGAAUCCUUGGGCGCAGUUGCCCUACCCCGAGCACCGCCCCCAGUUGGCAGUGCUGCAUACAACGACCCUGUAAACCAUCCGCCUGCAUUUAUGGUCACUGGCUCUCAGGAUCGCACUAUCAAGCGCUGGGAUACCGGCAAGCUCACCCCGCUUAAGGGAGACAAGACACACUCCCCCAAGGCAAUCUUUACACGGAAGGCACACGAGAAGGACAUCAACGCUCUCGACAUCGAUAGCUCAUCCACUUUGUUUGCAUCUGCUUCUCAGGAUCGAACUGUGAAGAUCUGGGACGCUGACGAGGGCUCACCAAUUGGUGUUCUCCGUGGUCACAAACGAGGUGUGUGGUCUGUAAGAUUUGCUCCUCGCGACACCCCUAUCAUCAACUCAGAUGCCGGGACCAGCACAUCUCGAGGAUUGAUUGCGACAGCCUCCGGCGAUAAGACUGUAAAACUUUGGUCUUUGGCCGAUUACAGCUGUCUCCUCACAUUCGAAGGCCACACUGGCAGUGUGUUGAAAACUAUCUGGUUGCCGCCUCCUCAGAUUACCAAGGGCCAAAAUGACGAUGACGACGAUGAUGAAGAAGCAGAUGCCAAGGCCACUAAAAACGCUCUUCAGACACGGCCUCUCAUUGCCUCAGCAGCCGCUGAUGGUCUGGUAAAGAUAUGGAGUCCCUACACUGGCGAACAAGAGACCGUUCUGGACAACCACACAGACAGAGUCUGGUCUCUUGCUAGCCCUGCCCCAUCUGGCUCGCGCUCAGACGUCAAGCCCUCCUCUAAGUCUACCGCAGCCCCCUACGCCCUCGCUUCUGGUGCCGCAGAUGCCACCGUCACCAUGUGGACCGACACAACCUCCGCCACCUACACAGCAGCCGUGAACGCCAGCUCCGAGCGUAUCGAGCAAGACCAGCAGCUACAGAACUACAUCCGUGCUGGAUCUUAUCGUGAAGCUAUUACACUGGCACUCCAGUUGAACCACCCUGGUCGUCUGCUCUCCCUCUUCACAGCCGCUAUCAAUGCUAGUGACGACCCCACCCUUUCCGCUGAAGAACGCGCGCGUGCAGCAAACAGCUUGACUGGUAACCCCUCUAUCGACCAGGUUCUUCAAUCGCUCGAUGCCGCAAACCUCCGCACUCUACUCCUUCGCCUGCGUGACUGGAACACCAAUGCUCGCACCUCGCGUGUUUCGCAGCGUAUUCUUUAUGCUCUGUUCCGCUCAUACCCUGCUUCCACAUUCGUUGACCUCGCAUCGCAGUCUGUCCGUGGCAAGAAUGGUCGUGCUGCGGCUGGAUUAAAGGAUAUCUUAGGUGCCCUGGCUGCGUACACCGAGAGACAUUACAAGCGUGUCGAGGAGCUUACAGAUGACUCUUACUUGGUGGAGUGGGUACUUGGAGAGAUGGAUGGCGGUGUUGGACUCGGUGGUCUGAGGAGUUUAGAUGAACCCGCAGCCAAGGGAGAUCUGGAGCAUGAACAGGAAGUAGUUAUGUUGGAGGGUUAG